AUGGCCACCGCAGUUCACGUUGAAUUGAAUCCUGCAACCGCAGGUGUCUACCAUGUGCCAGACAUUACAACCGAAUCAUCCAAGAUUGGAAGUCAGCUCCUUCAAGAGAACCAUGACAAGUACCACAUGUAUUUCAACAGGGGUGGCUUUCAUAACCAUAUCGCUCAUCAUCUGUUGACAAUCUAUGCCCUGGGAGCCACACCCGAUGAGCUACAGUAUGCUUUCGACACCAAUAAAACGUACCAGAAACCACAGUUUCCGGUGAACAAAGGGAACGUCCAGGCCAUGUCCAACCCCGACAGGUUCAAACAGUUUCUCGGCAAAGAGCAGUAUUUCCAUGACUUCGAGAUCUUCUUCCGCCAGGAGAUUGAGCACAAAGGCUGGGAGACUGUCCUAAAUGAGCAUGUCUUCGCCCGAACCGAGCAUGCCGAUCGAAUGCUGACGCGGAUGUUUGCUGGCUUUCUUCAUCCAUUAAUUCAUCUUGGUUUCGGGGUGGACUUCAAGCAACCUGCUAUCAUUGUCGAGGCAUUGGCUCAAGCUGCUAUACAUGAUAACUGGACUGCAAAGUACCUUCAUGCCGCAGAAGAUGCCGCAAAGACGGCCAAAUCUUCGAAGAGCCUGGUUCAACUCAUCCACGAGAGUUUCCAAGACGACAAGCUGCAUACCUCCGCCCAUUGGGACGAUGGCAAUAAAGUCAGGGACGGCGUCCUUGUCCGGGCUCCGGACGAGAUGAUAGCUCUUGCCGCGCAAUGGAGCGUAGAGCCUGAUCAACUCGACAAGAAAACUGCCGAAAUGAUCAACGCCGCUGUCUACUUCACUGGGGCGGCGCAGCGUCCGACGAAACAGAUCAAGUUCGACUUCUUUUUCAUACACUGUGUCAAUUGCUCCAUCUUCUUUUCCACCUUGAUUAAAGAGCCAUGGUUGAGCGUGGAGAGCAAAUGUAGGCUUCUCGAGUGGAAAGGUCGACUGGAUCUCGCCAUGUAUGUUUCCCGAGGAUGUCCUGAACUCCGGGUGGAUGAGAUCCAGAACUACAGACCAAGGGUGCCUAACGAUACAUGGCCCGAAACCAUACGCCGAGUGGACAAACUACCUGACGAUGGUCAUGCCAGUAAGCUAGUCCGAGCUCUGGCGAACGGAGAACAGGUUUGCAAAGCUUUCGAGGAAGAGUCAGACGAGGUCUUCCCCAUCAAGGGAGACAUGUGGUUGCAGCUGGGACAUAUGGCAAUCGACUCGGUGGAGGCAAGCGAUCCUCAUUGGGUCCGGUCGGCUGGCUUUGACGAAGCCUGGGAGAAGAUACCGGACAGACCGAAGUUGUGA